GCCUGAUAUCGCGCAGGCCAACAUAGCGCUCCCUGAGAGGAAAGAUAAAGGACCCUUGUAGUAGAUUCGCUAACAAAGCAGGCUGCAAAAUGUCGGGAGAGGUGUACCUGCUGUGGCUGCUGUCGUUGCUGCAGACGCUGUCUGCGUACGGGGCCGAGCUGUCGUCCGAGGCCUGCAGGGAGCUGGGCUUCUCCAGCAACCUCCUGUGCAGCUCCUGCGACCUGCUCGGGGAGUUCAGCCUGACCAAGCUCCAGCCUGUCUGCCGGCAGUGCUGCCAGCAGGAGGCUCAGCUGGAAACGCGCAAGCUCUACGCUGGCGCUAUCCUUGAGGUGUGUGGAUGAAAACUGGGGAGGUUCCCUCAAGUCCAAGCUUUUGUCAGGAGCGAGAAGCCGAAGAUGUUUAAAGGUCUUCAGAUCAAGUACGUCAGAGGCUCUGAUCCUAUCCUAAAGCUCUUGGACGAUAACGGGAACAUCGCUGAGGAGCUCAGCAUCACCAAGUGGAACACAGACAGCGUAGAAGAGUUUCUGAGUGAGAAGUUAGACCGGAUAUAGUCACACAUGCACACAUGUCCUUUUUUUAAAUGCAGAACUUCAAUGUUCCUUCAAAUUACCGAGAUACAGGGCUUUUAUUUGGGCUAGUGAGCAAAAAUUGAGCUUUUUGUUUCAACUGAUUCGUCAUUGUUUAGGCGUUUGUAUACAACCUGGACUUGAUAGCUGUUUGUUAAAUCGUUGAUCUUUAUGACUGUUUUUGUAUCUGAACAUCAUGACUUUGUCUGUGUGGAUUUCACCAGAUGACUUGGCUAAAACCCUAAAACCACAAAUGAAUCAUGUUUUGCUAGCGUUUGGAUAAACAUCCUUGUUUUUGUCUGUCUGAUAUUCUUGUAAAAUGAUUAUUUUUAUGACGCUUAACAUUGUGACCAGCAAGAGAGGCAGUAAGUUUGAGUGAAUCCCUGUUCCUCAGCAAAUGCACCCAGCUUUGCUGAAACGCACGUCAGUGAAGAGCUCACAGUAAACCAGUGUGGGAUGUGAGCUCUGAUGGAAGUUUGUGUGUUUCUGCCCGGCUGCUUUGAGGAGGAACUGGUUUUCUUUGCAGGGUUCGUUUAUGAGCUGGUUGAUGGGAUAAAUAUGCAACAAUAAACAUAAUAUCUUCAG